AUGACCUCCGACGACACCUCCUUCUCCCUCUCCAGCUCAGACUGCGGCACUCGAUCCGACACUCCAGGAAGCCCCAACGGCCUCCCGACGCACAGCCUAGCAAACAUCCCCAAGUCAACCAACGAUGCGAACAUGCCUCCCUCAGGCCCAGAUGCGGUGCCCAAGACCAAGAUAUGUGUCUUCUGUGGUUCAUCGCCUGGAUACUCGCCAGCUCACAUGGAAGCAGCACGCGCUCUCGGCGCCGCAUUCCAUGCCCACAACAUCUCUCUCGUCUACGGCGGCGGCACAGUUGGCUUGAUGGGCGAGGUUGCCCGUUCUCUCGUCGCGCUGUCAGGCCCAGAGAGUGUGCACGGCAUCAUCCCGGCCCCGCUGGUCAAGUACGAGCGUGGUCCCAACAGCGCUGCUGAUGAAAUCACGUCUGGCUCGCUGCCCUCGUAUGAAAUAUACGGCCGCACGACGGUGGUCAAUGAUAUGCACACCCGCAAGUUGAUGAUGGCGCAGGAGGUGCUGGCCGGAGGUCCGGGGUCGGGCUUUCUGGCGCUGAGUGGGGGUUAUGGCACGCUCGAAGAGCUGAUGGAGGUCGUUACCUGGAAUCAGUUGGGCAUUCACAAUCGAGGCGUCGUAGUCCUCAACAUAGAAGGCUACUGGGAUGGUCUGCUGCAGUGGAUCAAAGGGAGCGUCGAGGCUGGCUUCGUAGGCAAGACGAACGAGGCCAUUAUCAAGGAGGCCAAGACCGCAGAGGAUGCCGUGAAAGCGCUGCGGGAGUACAGGAAUGCGGAGGGGAGAUUCAAGCUCGAGUGGGGGAAACAUUUUGAGUUUCGCAAAUGGGCAAAGGGGAAUUCACGCAAGGGGUUGGGACAAUCCGAUGCUGCUGCUGCUGCUGCUGCUGCUGCUGCUCGUGGUAGUGGUAGUGGUAGUGGUGGUGUUUCCUUCCACUGCACUGAAUGCAAGCUCGCGGUCCGGGGGAUCAUUGCAGGUGCAUAUAACGAGCGCGAUUUCCUACAGUAG